UUCUACCUGCAGGCGCGUCUUGUGUGGCGCGGGGCUCGCCUGCUCCGGCCGCUGCUGCAGUUCCUGCUGGUGCUGCUGGCCGUGUACACGGGGCUCAGCCGCAUCUCCGACUACCGACACCACCCCACCGACGUGCUCACCGGGGGCCUGCUGGGGGCCCUCACCGCCUACUGGGUGGCUUGUCACAUCUCCACCAUGUUCAAGAACUCCCACUCCGGCCUCUCCCCCCAGCUGCCUCUGGACAACACGCUGUCCAGCCAGACUGUGUGUUAGCGAGGACAACAGACACACACACACACACACACACACACACACACACACACACACACACACACACACACACACACACACACACACACACACACACACACACACACACACACACACACACACACACAUUUCUUGGAGAAACUGAACGAAAGUCUUGAAGUUAUUUGCCUCUUUUGUCCUUGGCGUUUCAACACAAGUGUCCUGCGAUGGUCAUCCUAAUACACACACACACACAGUGGCCCCUUCUCGACCUCUCUCCUCGAUCCUCGAUGCUCAGCCCUCCUGGCUCAUUCCCACUGAUCUAUAAAGAACACUGGAUAGACCAUCCCAUUGUUGCCGCCCCAUUCAUAUAUCUACUGUAGACCAGUGGGAACGAGGACCGAGGAGGGAAGGAUAGAUAAAAAGACGAAUGAGAAGAGGCCCAUAGAAGCCCCAUCACAAAAACACUCUCCAUAGACUACCAUAUAUCACACAGAAAUGGAGACCUGUUCUAAGGCAACAUCAUUUAAGGCCUUCCCGUCCGUCAGCAUACACACUGUGUUAUACUGGUUCCUGAAGCACAGUGACUUCAUUAAGCCUUGGAGGAUGAUGUAGGGAAUGAAUGUUAUCCUCCUACUGUUGUUUUGUUAUUCCAAUGGACAGAUAUGCAUACUGUAUGAACUCAAAUGUUAUUCAUGUUUUUUGUUUUAAACUGUGCCUUGAUAAUCAGAGAGGAGUAGAGUUUGUCCGCAUCUACGGUCUCCGUCGUCUGUUCCCCGGGAGACUUUCCUCGUGAGAACUCCACUCAAUCUCGUGGAAUGUUCUUGUUUGUUGGUUUGUUUGUUUGUUUGGCAAAAAUUCCGCCCAGCCCCCCAAAAGCCACUGGCAGCCACGCAACGGUCGAAUGCAGUGCAGGAAUCCAGCGAGUGUGUGAGUGUGUGUGUGCCACAGUACUCGCAAUGCCACUGACUGCAUUUAUUUUUAACUUGUUGAACAAUUUAAAGAUGUCAAAAGAAGACAGAAGGACAGAACUCUGGACUCUGGAACAUUCUUCAGUUAUCUUCUUU